AUGUCGUUUUCUCGCUCUAUAUGGCCGUGGCGGCGGCGUUUCGGGAAGCAAGCCAUCGCGUCAUGGCUAUUUGUGCUCGCUACUCUAAUUAUUGCGCUUCGGUUCCUCGCGCUUCCGAAUCUGCAGCGUCUCCACUUCCAAAUAGGCGUUUCGUUGUUCGACGACGGAUUCUACGGAUUCUACCCAACUCGCAAAUAUGUCUCGUUUGAAUAUGAAUCUCCCGCCGUCGAACUGGCUAAAUGGAGUCCCAGAUGCAGCGAUGACUAUACUUUCAUGGCACCACAUGGGAACGCUGUUGAGAACCCGGGCGCCAUGAUUCUCGAUUCUCUUGGUAACCUCGUCUGGAUGAUGAAGCAGGGGUCUGAUAAAAUUCAAGACUUCCGCGUACAGGAAUACAAGGGUGAACAGUACCUCACGUACUGGCACGGCAAAGCAGAUGGCGGACACGGUCGUGGUGCUUGGUCCAUGCUAGAUUCAACCUACACACGCCGCUAUGAGGUGAAUGCAGUCGGUAACCAUGAUGGUGAUAUGCACGACUUCCAGAUCACCAAGAAUGCUACUGCUAUGGUGAUUGUGUAUGAUAUCCAGCCAACCGACCUGAGCGGGCUUGGAGGUCCCGAAUAUGGCUAUUACUCUGAAUGCCUCUUUCAGGAGAUCGACAUUGCGACGGGGGAUCUGAUAUUCGAAUGGCGCAUGUCAGAGCAUGUUCCCCUUAACGCGUCAUACGAGCAGCUACAAGGCCGAGGCUGGUCCAUCAGCGACCCCUAUGAUGUUUUUCACAUGAACAGCAUCGAUAAAGAUAUUGCAGGCAACUAUCUUAUUUCCGCGCGCCACACGCACUCGAUAAUGAGUAUCGACGGGAAGACCGGCGAGAUCCUGUGGACGUUAGGUGGCAAACUAAACGAUUUUGCCGAUGCUUCGGAAGGACAGGCUACGAAUUUCUGCUGGCAACAUGAUGCGCGAUGGCGCGGGGAGCACACCCUGACUCUUUUCGACAAUACGGCCGAGACUUUCAUGGAUGGACCAACAGAGAGCCGUGGAAUGACUAUCGAGCUUGAUACGGACAACCUAACGGCAACCCUUCGGUCGGAGUAUUACCACCCUGAAGGGAUCCGCGCGACAUCACAAGGAAAUAUGCAAGUCCUAGCUGACUCGGGUAAUGUUCUGGUUGCCUGGGGCCACUGCGCGGCGUUUACCGAGUUCUCGAGCGACGGAGAAAUGCUCUGCGACACACAUUUUGCACCCUCAAAUUGGUUCCAGCUUGGUCAGGCUGUCUCAUACCGCAUCGCUAAGGGAAGCUGGGCCGGGCAACCGGACAUGAGCCCGACAGGCGUCGUGGUGGGCGAUUCAGUAUUCGUCAAUUGGAAUGGAGCGACGGAAGUUGCUUAUUGGAGACUUGAGCUAUGGGAUGGUGUGGACAUGAAAGAAAUGAAAUUCUACCCGCAGAACAUUGUUGAGAAAGAUGGUUUCGAGACGGAGAUCAAACUCCCGACCAACUUACCGCAUGUCUAUUUCCGAGUUGCUGCUUUGAAUAAUAAGCGCGAACUUCUCGGUGCUACCGAUACACUCGGUCGGCAGCUGCAUGGAAGCCCAUCGUCUACUGUUUCUCUUUCUUCUGGUGCUGUGCUCUCCAUUCUCAUGAUUACAUGCUGCGUGAUGCUGGGGGCCUACUGGGUUUGGAAGAGACGGACUUGUCAGAAAUAUCAGACUGCAUCGGACUACAAGCCUGUCCCGUUCGAAGUCAGUGAAACCGACCUUGAGCAUAAUGAAGAGGCUCAGUCAUUCUUGCGAACCCCCCUUUCCCCUGGAGAAUCUCCGACAUUGCGGAUCCCGUCCUGA